AUGUACGCCCUUAUAUUGUUCCUGUCACUCGCCGUCUUCCUCCUGAAACCCCUGGUUACCUACCUACUCAACCCUAAAGGCUUCAACAAAUACCCGCCCUAUAACCCCCUCUGCGCCGUUACAAACCUCGCCUGGUGCUUCGAAACCUGGCGCGGCGGCAUCCGCUCCGCAAAACUGUCGCAAAUGCAUAAAGCACAUCCAGUCAUUCGGAUCGGCCCCAACUCUCUCUCCUACGGACACCCAGAUGCAUACGCCGAUAUCUACGGGCAUGGAACGAAGUGCGUGAAAGAUGCAUUCUACCAGACGAAGACGACGCAUUUUAACCUGGGCAACAUAAUUGAUAAGGCCGAGCAUACGCGGAAGAGGAAGACGCUAGCUUCGGCGUUUUCAGCGAGGAAAGUACUGGGGUGGGAGGGCAAGGUUGCGAAUGCUGUGAGGGACUUUGUUGAAGCUUGUGAUCGGUAUUGCACGGAGCCAUUCCAGGGAAAUCGUAUACCGAAGCCGGAAGACUUGAAAUUCGAAUUCCGGGCUUGGUCGAACUUCUUCACGAUUGAUGCCAUUGGAGACAUUGCGCUUUCGGAGAGGUUGGGGCUUCUCGCUGCAGGAAAUGAUGAUGUUGCUGCUGAGACGGUUGAUGGGAGGGUGUAUACAACGAACUAUCGAGACUGCUUGCAUGCGAGUAAGAUAGCACAUACCAGGAUUGCGUUCGCGGACAAAUGGUAUCAUUUUAACAGCCGAUACUUGACUCGACUGAUACCUUCUUAUCGAACGCUCUGGAAACUGACAGACGGUUGGGAUGACAUUGUUCACCACCACGCGAGCAAGCGAUUGAAGCGAUAUAUCGCAGGCGAGAAGCUGGACGACAUAUUCCAAUACCUACUAUACGGUAAAAACGGGCAGUUUUUGAAUCUCGAGUGGGGGGAGAUUGCGGCUGAGACCGCAGUGAUACUCGAUGCUGGGUCAGCCACGACGGCAAUUGCGUUGAAUAAUGUGAUAUACUGGCUCCUUCGGAACCCGAGCUGUCUUGCGCGUCUCCGAGAAGAAGUCGAUGAUGCGCUCGAGGCAGCGGAUGUAGUCGCCCCAUACGAAAAGGUCAAGAACCUCCCAUACCUCCGAGCCUGUCUUGACGAAAGCCUCCGCAUAACACCGCCAUUCAGCUAUAACCUACCCCGCCGCACUCCCUCAGACGGAGCAUAUAUCCUUGGCGAGUUCGUCCCUGGAGACACUACUGUAUCAAUGUCCUCAUACGUCGCACACCGAGACGAGGAAGCAUUCCCGGAAGCUGAAAAGUACAUUCCUGAGAGGUGGCUCGGUGAGAAACGCAAGGAUAUCCAGUCCAGUUUCGUCCCAUUUAGUGCUGGCUCAAGAGGUUGCAUUGGUCGAAAUAUUAGCUAUUUGGAGCAGACUGUCUUGGUGGCGAGCCUUGUGUAUCGGUAUGAAUUUACCCUGCCGGGGCCGGAUUGGGAGCAGGAUCGAGUUGAGGUGACGAAUUUAUUGCCAGGACCAUUGCCACUGAAGGUUUGGAGAAGGGAGCAAUCUGUGUAG